UUUAUUUCUAUUUAACAAAUAAAUCAUUCGAUUAGUUAAAAUUCAUUGAAUUUAUUGAUAUAAAAAAAAAGUUGAACGAUUUUUUUUUACACACGAUUAACUUAUUAAGCUUUUAUUAUAGGUAAAUAAAAAUCUUUUAUGACCAAACUGUUUUACACAUCUUCACACGCUUAUACAUGUGAGGAAGUAUAUCUUCACUUUUAUAAGAAUAUUUUGGCCAAAAAAAAUUUAUUUGACCUGUAAUAAGUUGAUAAUAAGUCAAGCUCCAUCGCAAACUAUUUACAACACAACAAAAAAUAAGGGUUUAGGUGUAACAGAACAAACAAUGUCGAGUCAAGAGCUCCCUCAUGCCUAGAUAAAUAAAAAAUAGUGGAUGUAAAAAUCCACAACGGACCGUGUCCUUCAAGUCACACGUUACUUUCUAUCACAUCAUUUCAAACCAAGUUUUACCAUAACAUUCCUCUAAUUUAAUUUGGAAACAAUAGGGAAUUGAUUCAAUUAUGGAAUCAUGAAUAAAUUGGGGGUAAAUAUAAAUUUUUAUUAAUUUUUUUUGGCUAAUAUUAUCAAAUUCUGUGCAUUUUGAGUAUCAAAAUAGUCUAUUUAUUUGUUAAAUAGAAACAAACUUUAAAGGUACUAUUAAAUUAUUUUUUAAAUCACAUAUGGUUUACGUGUAAAUACAAAUAUCAAGGAAUGACAGUGUAAUUCAUCCCUAAAACUAGUGAAUGGAUUGAGUGCGGAACACGUGGUCCAUUCAAAAUUGUGAAAUCAAGAAAAAUAAGGGGUUUAAUAAAUUUACCCGUGAUAUUGUAAAUGAGCAAAACUUUUUUUAUAAAACAAAAAGGUAUAAAUUUACCUCCCGUCCAAGAAUAAGUUGUUUAAUUUUAAAAAGAAUACAGGAUAACAGAAAGUCAAGUGAAUCUUAUCAUUAAAAUCACUUUAAAAUGAUUCUAAAUAUAUUAUUAUUAUUAUCUUCACCUAAGUCUUCAUAACAAAACCAAACAUCUGAAAACAAAAAAUCACACACACACACACACACACACAAAAAAAAAAGGCUGAAAAUAUGUUAAUGUAUGUCUGUAUUAGUGAGGAAUGCUGUCCAAAAUAUUUUCUAUGUCAAGCACACAAUAAUCAGAGUCAUACAGCUCAAAAUCCACGCACAUAUUUCUCUUUCACCCCCAGAAUAUUUGACCAAUUAAGCAGAGUUUUGUGAAACUCUGCCGGCAAAAAAUGGUUUUCUCUACAUAAAUUCAAACCCAAAUGCCACACCCACACACCAUAUAUAGAUAAACCCCUUCAACAUUGCCCUUCAAACUUGACUUGGUUUAUUUAUUUUUAUAUAUAUUUUAUCCCGAGUGCCCACAACAAACCCCAAAAGGGAAAAGUAAAUCAAAAUAAAUUCCCCAUCCUGCAGACUGCAGCGUCAUCAUCAUCACAGCAGCCCCAGCUUUAAUGGAGACGAACGCGAUUCCCCACUCCGAAUCAUUUGCACCCCAAUUUUUUCAUCAUUUCUUCUCAUAAUUUCUUCCUAUAAUCCCAGACCCCUUUUCGUUUUGCCUUUAGUUCACUAAUCAUCACACAUAGAUCAUACCAUGUUUCUCGUCAAUCUUACCCUACUGUUUGUUACCAUCAUUUUGCUGUGUGCGGUUCUCAGAUUCUUGUCCAACACAAGCUUAAUCCAUUCCCUGAAGAAUACUUGCCGUUCCUUGGAACAGAAAUGCUACGUUCACCAGUUCUACAAGGUGCCCAAAUUCAACGACAAUAUGCAGGAAAAUCAACUGUAUCGAAAGGUUUAUACGUACCUUAAUUCUCUCCCUUGUGUUGAAGACUCCGAUUUCGCGAACCUAUUCUCGAGCUCCAAAUCUGCGGAAAUCAAUCUGAUUCUCGAUGAAAAUCAAACUAUCGUAGAUAAGUUCCUCGGCGCCAGACUUCGUUGGAGGAUCGAAAACAGCGAGAAGAAAAAUGGCGUAAAAUCGCUCGUCCUGAAGGUCAGAAAGAACGACAAGCGCAGAAUUCUGGUUCCUUAUCUGCAGCAUAUUCACCAAGUGUUUGAUGACAUUGAGCAGAGAAGAAAAGAAGUGAGAUUGUUCGUCAACGUGGAGAACGAACUGCAGAGAAAUGGACGGUGGAUAUCAACUUCUUUCACCCAUCCAGCAACCAUGGAGACGAUCGUCAUGGACUCGGAUCUGAAAACCAGAAUCAAAUCCGACUUAGAGAAUUUUCAGAAGUCCAGGCAGUACUAUCACCGAUUAGGGCGAGUCUGGAAGAGAAGCUACUUGUUAUACGGCCCAGCGGGUACGGGUAAAUCCACAUUCAUAGCCGCGAUGGCCAAGUUCUUGAGCUACGACAUUUACGAAAUCAACCUGCACAAAGUCGCAAACGACUCGGAUCUCAAGUACCUUUUGCUGCAAACAACAAACAAGUCCUUAAUAGUGAUGGAGGAUCUCGACCGUUACUUGGGGGAGAAAUCGACGGCUGUGAGCUCAUCUGGAAUCCACAACUUCAUGGACGGAAUAUUCUCCUGCUGCGGUGAAGAAAGAGUCAUGGUUUUUACCAUGAACAAUAAAGAAAACGUCGACCCGAAUAUUCUCCGCCCGGGUCGAAUUGACGUCCACAUUAACUUCCCGUUAUGCGAUUUCACGGCGUUUAAAAGUCUGGCCAACAGUCAUCUAGGGCUCAAGGAUCAUAAACUGUUUCCACAAGUGGAGGAGAUUUUUCAGACCGGGGCGAGUUUGAGCCAGGCCGAGAUUUGCGAAAUUAUGAUAUCGAACCGGGGUUCACCCAGCCGGGCUCUGAAAACCGUUAUCGCGGCAUUGCAGAGUGAAUUGGCGGGUCGGGUCAGGAUGAGGAUGAUGAAGGGGUUGGGGUCGGGUAGGGGUGUGGAGGAAUGUGGUGAGUUUGGGAGAGAAGGGCAGAACGGAAUACAUCCGAUUAAAGAGAUAAAGAAUCUGUACGGGCUAUUGAGGGCGAGGAGUAGUAGAAAGGCUUGUAUGGAUAAAUUGGAUGAUGUUGAUGUGCAUGAGAAGGAGAAUUCAUAUUUGACUCAGGAGACCUAUGUUUAGUUUUAUGGUAUAGGAAAAUUUUGGAGGUCUAAUUUUCUAGAUUACACAAUGUAUGCUUCUUUCUUUUAGUUUAACUCCAUACUUUUUUACUGGAAUUUUAACUUAUAAUUUUUAAAUGUUUUAACUUUGGCUUAUCAUACGCACAUUUCAUUUGUAAUAUUGUAAAUU